AUGGCCGCCUCAGCCAGGGUGACAGAGUAUGUUGGCUGGACCCCUGAAGAAAUUGAGAUCGAUGGCGACGAAAGCCUCCUUGCUGAAGACGUACUCGAAGACCGGUUGUGUGUGAUCAGCGACGGUUCUUAUAAGCUCGGUCUGGGCAUGGCAGCGGUUCAACUGCUUCCACGUAAGGGUGGCACGGAAUGUAUUAUCGUCCGAUGCCAGACUCCAGGUCUAACUGACGACCAGAGCGCGUACCGGAGUGAACUGAUUGGCCUACUGGCCGGUAUCAUGGUUGUUGAUUGGCUCCUCAAUCAGUGGGCCCCAACACUUCGAUCACCACCCCGCGUUAGGAUUGCAUGCGAUGGAUUUUCGGCGUUGCUCAACACCUUUGGUGACAAUCGAGUCACACCGCAACAGCCCAGUUUGACCUGGUCUCCUCUAUCCGGGAGGCACUUGCCCGCUCUAGGGCCUCUGGAUGCGUGGGCGGUUGCCUAUCGCCACCAGCAUGAGGCUUCACACCGCUCGAUUGCACCUAAUGCUCGUUUCUUUACCAAAUUGGCUGCCCUUUACAUUGGGGACGUCAAACAGUCGCGAUUGAAUCCAGAACAGGUCCAGGAACUUGUGGCGCUGCCUGCUCUACGCAAGCGAUGGCACGAGCGGCAGACAAUUACACCAGAGGCAGAGCUGGAGACCGAUUGGACCAGUCUGGCUCGCGCCAUGAGCUCUCUUCCGGCAGGUGUCCAACGUUGGACCACAAAGCAUGUCGUGGGUAUGUGUGGUGUAGGGAAGUUCAAAGUCCGGUGGGGUUCCGCCGACUCAGCUGCAUGUCCUUGCUGCGGCGAGUUUGAGGACCACCUUCACGUCCCUCGAUGUACGGCGCUUUCGGCUAGCGCGGAAUGGGAUCGCCGGACAGCGUCUUUGGACCAAUGGCUGGACACUCAAGUCACUGACCCAGCCAUCAAACACGCUAUUCUCUACCUUCUUCAAGGGGUUCGCGAUCCGUCCCUACCUCGCAGUCGAUUGGUUCCGGUUCGCCUUCGCCACGCCUUCCUCUCUCAACAACGCAUCGGCUACCAAGGUUUAUUGGAAGGCCGGCUGUCUGUUCAGUGGACGCCCCUGCAGGAACAGUACCUUCAGUCACGUGGGAGCCACCGCUCUCCGAACCUGUGGGUCUCUCGCCUGUCGCAUCAGCUGAUCUUGCUUGGAUUUCAUAUGUGGGAACACAGGAACUCGGUGCACCAUUCGGAGGACAACGUACAGCUACGCGAACGUAGCCGAUUGGUGGACGACGGUAUACACUCUCAGUUUGAUAUGGGCCCAACCGACCUACCCAAGGUAGUUCAACGCAUGCUCGCUGUGAAACGCCGAACUGUGUUGAACAAGCCAUUGGUCGAUAGGGAAGAGUGGCUGAAGCUGGUCAGAAUGGAACGCACGGCCUAUCGCCGCGCUCUGGCGCCCCAACGCCGUCUCCUUCACCGCUUCUUCCACCCGGCCCAGGCCCCCUGA